AUGCUCUACCACAGCCUGGAGGGAGGGGUGGGAGGACCCGAGAUGAUGAGAGAGAUUGGGGAGCUCCUGAGGACAGAGCGAGAUUCUGUUCCCAGCAAAGAGUCGGAGGAGGAGUGUGACAUCAGAAUCCAGAACGGGAGCCCGGCGCUGUACGUGUGCGAGCAUGAUGACGUCCGACUCUUCAAUAACCUCCAUGUUUUCAUCAAAGAUAAAAGUAACAAUCAGAUUCUGCGCCAACGCACAGUCCAGGUGGAGAUGUUGGGAAUAUUCCCGUAUCCCGGCAAUAUCAGGGUUACCUGGGAUGAAAGCAGAGAGCAGAUGGUUGUGCGGUGGGACCCCCCGGAAUCCGAGUUCUCCUUUAUUCUGCAGUACGAGGUUCAGUAUUGGUCGGAGGAUUCCACAGACAAGCAGCGGAAGAUCGUAUCGGGCAAAGAACUGACGCUGACUCAGCUCAUGCCGCACCUGCGCUACCAACUUCGCGUCCGCACAUCAUGGAUAGGUGAACAUGCAAUCUGGGGGCCGUGGUCAGACGUGAUCAUGUUCGAGAGUUCGGGGUAUUCAGAUAUUUCCGGCCUGAAAUGUUUCACCUCUGACCUGACUUUCGUGUGCUGCCAAUGGAAAGAGAAGACGGACAUUGACCUGCCGCCAUUCCAGCAAGUCUUCUAUAGAUACAGGGAGGAAGCAUGGCAGAGCUGCAAGCAGGUGGUCACUUUAAAAGAUUGUGACUGCGCCUUCCUGGCAAGAAACGACGUUACGGUCUCCUUGAAAAUUAAAGUGCCAACUGAGGAUGGAGACCGGAGCUUGUACUACCCAAAGCCCUUCUGGGUCCACCAUGUGGUGCUCCCGCCGGUACCCAGACUGCAGGCCCAGCAGCUGCCUGGGAACAUACUGGCCCUGAGCUGGUCGAGCCCUCUGCCGGAGCUGGAGGAACACCUGAUGUACCAGAUCCGAUUCUCGCAGGAUGGGGAAAAGACAUGGACGACCCUACAGGUUCCAGGUGGAGUCCGCAACAAGACGCUGUCUGUGGUUUCCGGAACAAGCUAUGUGUUACAGCUGAGAACAGCUCCGGGGGCAGACAAGAUCCAAGGCUUCUGGAGUGACUGGUCAGCCCGAGUGACCGUCAAAAUCCCCUCCAGCACAGAGUGGAUUAUACUGGCAAUCGCUCUCUGUCUCCUCUCCCUCAUGGUGGCCGUCACAUGUGUGUGCUUUAAGUUGCCAUUUUUAUUCAGUAAACUGAAGAACAAGCUGUGGCCUCCGGUGCCAAACCUCCACCGUGUGCUGGACACAUUCCUGACCGAGAUUCAGAAGCAGUACCAGCCCAACUCAGCGUUUUAUGAGAAGACUCAUGAGGACGUUCCUCAGCCAUCUUGCCUGGAGAUCCUCUCCGAGGUGAACCAUUCCAACGAAGGACAGACAUCCUCCCGAGAUUAUGUGCAGCUUUCUCCUCCCACCUACCAGAAUGAGGACUAUUGGCCAAAGCUGGAGCUCUUGGAUCUUCACCUAGAAAUGAACGAUAAAAACCAGCCAUCCAGCGCUCUCAUCAAUCAGACUUAUCUGCCCACCAGCUGGAGCAUGUAA